AUGCGUGUCGUUAUAUUAAAUAUCUCAAUAUAUAUAUAUUUAUUAAACGGUGAGGACAUUAAGUCUGGUGUAAUUCAAAAUCAACAGUCAGGUUUUUCUUGGGUUCAAAGUAUCUUAGAUGCUGGAUAUACGCCCAAUUAUGGGUUUGAUCCGUCUGGUCCAUUAUCUGUGGAGGACGAUGACUAUCAAGUUGUAGUUCCAGAAACAAACAUCCAAAUUUCUAGUGAACAGAUGACAAAUUUGGCAAACCAAUGCAACCCUUUGCAAGAAGAUGGUACAAAUGGUCAAAAUACGUAUCUUCAGUGUCUUGCAAUUUUAAAUUCUAUGAUUUAA